AUGUCCUCGAUCACCUCCCCCGCCAUCCCUCCGGUGGCUCUGGACAGGAUCACCCAGCAUAUCGGUAAUACUCCCUUGGUGCGCCUGAACCGACUACCCCAGAGCUUGGGGAUCGAGGCGACUGUGUAUGCGAAGUUAGAAUACUUCAAUGCCGGUGGAAGUGUGAAGGAUCGAAUCGCUUUGCGCAUGAUUGAGGAGGCCGAACGCUCCGGUCGAAUCAAGCCGGGCGAUACUUUGAUUGAACCCACGAGUGGAAAUACUGGUAUCGGUCUCGCGCUUGUCGCGGCCGUUAAAGGCUAUAAGACAAUCAUCACGCUCCCCGAGAAAAUGUCCGCCGAGAAGGUAGCCGUCUUGCGAGCGCUGAAUGCAACUAUCAUCCGUACGCCGAACGAGGCCGCCUAUGACUCGCCUGAAUCUCAUAUUGGGGUCGCCAAGCGUCUCGAGAAGGAGCUGCCGAAUGCCCACAUUUUGGAUCAAUAUGGAAACGAGAACAACCCGCUGGCUCAUGAAUUUGGUACGGCCGAAGAGAUUUGGACCCAAACCAACGGGCAAAUUAAGGCGAUUGUUGCCGGUGCCGGGACUGGUGGCACGAUCACCGGACUGGCCCGGGGUCUCAAGAAGCACAACUCCAAGGUCCAGGUGAUUGGAGCCGACCCCCAGGGAUCGAUCUUGGCUCUCCCAGCUGCCCUCAACGAGGAACAUGUUAAUGAGCCCUACAAGGUCGAGGGUAUCGGAUAUGACUUCAUUCCUGAAGUCCUCGACCAGCAGGCUGUUGACAAAUGGUACAAGACAGAAGAUAAGGAAUCUUUCCAAUACGCUAGACGCUUGAUAGCCGAAGAGGGCCUGCUUGUCGGAGGAAGCAGUGGAAGUGCCAUCUCAGCAUUAGUCCAGGCUGCUAAAGAGAACAACUUUGGGAAGGACGAUGUGGUUGUUGUGGUUCUGCCCGACAGCAUAAGAAGCUAUCUCACCAAGUUCGCCGACGACGACUGGCUCGCUGCAAAUGGACUUCUAUCGUCGCCAUCUCUUGGCGCCCCGACCCCGGCGCCGCAGGAACAGCGCGAUGAACUCGCUGAAUCCAAGGUCAACUCCUUGAGAUUGAAGCCAAUCACCACGGUCCUAUCGAACACACCUUGUGAGAAUGCUAUUGAGGUCAUGCGAGACCGAGGUUUUGAUCAACUCCCUGUUCUGGCAUCUUCUGGAAAAAAGCUUGUCGGGCUGGUCACUCUUGGAAACGUUCUUAGUCGAUUGACGCAUGGACGGGCCACGGGGAAGAGCCCUGUUGCCGAUGUCAUGUUCAACUUCAGCAAGAUCCCCGAGGUUGUUACUGACCCCAGAGACAUGGGACUGGCCAGCUCCAGCGGGGGUGACUCCGGUGCAACUCAAAGCUCCAAGGUCCGCAAUCGCAAAUUUGUGGAGAUUACGAUGGACACCCCACUGAGUGUUCUCAACCGAUUCUUCGAAUGGAACAGUGCAGCAAUUGUCACCGAAAAAGGUGAAAAUGGUGCAAUGAAGCCGGUUGCAGUUGCCACAAAGGUUGAUCUGCUCAGCUGGCUGCUUCAUCACAAUAAGCAUGCCUCCUGA